AUGCCGGAUAUCAAGAGCAUUGACGGAAUGACUAUUCUGAGAGAUGAUGCAAGCAAAGGAGAAGCCUUUCUUAAAAGAUACAUCACACAGACUGAUCAGGGUGAUGCCGAGACAAGGAAAGAGGUAUGCCAGAGUUUGAAGGGAAUCAGGCAGGAGGAGGGAUAUGACAACAUCAUCACCAUAGAUGUUGUCAAAUCUGUGCUAAAAACCAACAACAACACAACGCCAGGUCCAGAUGGGAUACAGUACAACCAUUUUAAUGAGCUCAGUGACGAGGAACUGGAAAAAAUUGUGGAUGACUACAACAGCAGCAUCAGGACAUCAACCGUACCAGAAGAGUGGCUGCACAGUUAUUUAAAACCACUUCCAAAACCUGGCAGGAAUAAAAAAGAACUCAACGGGUACCGCAUUAUCACCAUGCAAAAUGUGUAUGGAAAAGUGCUAGAAAAAUGCAUGGCAAGAAUACUUAUGAAUGAGCUAGAGAACAAUGGGAACCUACCUGAGGAGUUAGGGAGUUACAGACCCAGAAAGGAAACUUGGAAGAACGCAGGGACCUUCGUGUACAAUGGGGCAAUGCUAGAAAGAAAAGUGGCUUUGCGAUGUGGUCAAUGGAUUUCAAGCCCACAAGUGAUAAGACCAGGACUCCCACAGGGCUCACCCUUAUUGCCCAAACUGUUCAAUGUCUACACUGCUCGUGUUGCAACGCUGAACAGCGUUGGGCCAGGGAGAAUACUAACUUUUGCAGAUGACAUCUUGGCCUACAGGCAAGGACGGGAUCGGAAGAAAAUGACACGUGAAUUACAGCAAGAGGUUAAGAAAAUCAUGGAGUGGUGUGCUGAAUCGACUGCGGUCAUCAAUCCUUAG